AUGGAUAAAGAUUUCCAAGGAGAGUUGAUAGGCACGGAAAAGCAAGCAAUUGAUGCCAAAGGGCAAAUAGCCAAAUCCUUCGAACUUAUUGGCAAAUCGACUGGCGCAAAAAACCAAUUAAUAUUUGCGGCCAAAAUAUUAAGGGCAAUCAGCCGGUGUGAUGGCAAACAUAUGCAUAUUUAUUCCGAUAUAUUAAAUAAUAUUUUUGGGAGACAAUUAAAACCCGAGGCGAGUGAAAAAUAUUGGAUAAUUUUUUUGGACUAUUUUCGACAUAUUCAUUAUUUAUUAGUUGACAAGGAGGAGUAUAGGCAAGCAUGGUUAACAUUCAAAACUAUCUCUGGAUAUACACGUAAAUUACAAACAGAAAAGGCGGCGAAAAUUUUUAUAAAUAUUUAUUGCUACCAAUUGCAUUUGGAGAUAAAACGUCUGAAGCACGACUUAUUAAAAGCGGUAGAAGAAUCGAAGAUUAUUGUCCGAGCUUUGGCGGAAAUUUACCGAGAAAUGCUACAAAAAAAUCACGAAAUGAAUUAUCAAUACAUGGAUAUUUUAAGCUACUCAUUCCAGUGGCUUAUGCCAAUCAAUGGCUUGGUCAGAAUGUCUACACUAUACUCUGCUUUACCUAAGACUGAUGUUGAAGCCAUGUUCAAUUCAUUGUUCCAACUAUACGGCAUGCAAAAACUAACUAAGCCUCCAAAGGAAAAGUUCGACAAACAUAUGCUGGAAUGCUUGGAGAUACUUCAUAGCCUUUUACAAUUCGAUAUAAUUAAUAAACUCGAAUUGAAAUUAUCCUUUUUUUUGUUGAAGUCCUACCGAUCGUCGUCGCUACUAAAAAGUCACGAAGCGAUCAGCAUUUUCUUCCAGUUUUUCGCUGAAUGCAUGGAGGCAAUUAUAUUAGAGAAUCCUGCUACAAAUCAUCACAAAGUUUUCUAUGAAAAGUGCAACGAUCUUAAAACGUAUUUUGAAAAUAAUUCGAAGUUUUGUCAAUCAGAAGCCUGGUUUUCUCAGAGUAUAAUCAUGCUUAAUUAUAUGAUCAACCAAAUGUUGAAUUUAGACUUGUUUAACUUAUUUUGGGAAAAGAAUUCAGAACCACGUAGCUACAACGCCCUCUUAGAGCUGAUGGUCGAACUGGUCAAAUUAUGCACGUUCGUUAACAAUCAAAGCAAACUAUACAAGAUUGCUUGCUGUUCCAGUGUGCGAAAGCAUUUAGCUGUCGGAUUUGCACAAAUUUGUUUAGCAACUUACACCAUACAAAGCAAAGUAGCAAAAGAGCAAAAAGAACUUUUAUGGGAAUCUAUGGAAGAGGCUAACGGAAAAGUUCUGGAUUUAAUUGUUAAGAACAUGUCUUUCAUUGUCAAUUACGGCCUCAAAGUGGCAAAUACAAUGGAUUGCAUUACGUCUACAUGCCAGGAUAUGCAGGUUUUGCUUACGCGUUUCAAACAAAUUACGUUAGAAAUACAAACCGAUAGACAAGCCACAACGUGUGUAUAUCUCUUGGAACUGUUUUUGAGAAUUAAGCAAAAAAUUUCUUCUAAAGAAUGGUCCGGUUUAUUAAGGCGUCUAUAUAAAGCCAAACUGCCCUUCAACAGUUUACCGACAAGCAGAGAAUUGCAAAUGUGUUUCAUUGCCUCUUUGGUUACACACGGCCAAGAAUUGGACCCAAAUCUAAUUAGAAGUCAAAUCAAUUGCUUUUAUGCGUCCAGUGAGAAUAACCAAUCGCAGCAACAUGAGAAAUGUUUACUCGCUUUAUACAAAGCGUUCAAUGGCCGUUUAAAGCCCUUGCUGAACUUUGAAGAUAGGAAAAUGUUAUAUUGGUUUGAUAUGCGACACGUCACGAAAUAUUGUAAAUCCAAUGAAAUGUUAAUGCGGUCUUUAAUUGACUUUAGCCCAACUAAAUAUGAUUUGGUGCUGGCAGUACGUUUAAGUAAACUGCAUGGCCACGCUUUAAAGCGCCUACAAGGAUUGUAUGCAUUGUUGAAAGAACGAAGUGAAAAUCAUUUGGAACAUCUGACAUAUGCCCACAUAGAGGUCAUAUUUUUGCUGGAAAAAUAUGAGUCUCGUAAGAAUCAUCCUAAACUAGAUUCUAAGGAAUUGCUAGAAGAUAAUUUAGAGCAAUUGUUAAAACGUGGGGAAUUGAAAGCUAUCCUCCUGAAGAAUGAAUUGGAACUAGUACAUUUGGCAAUAGAGGCUUAUCAGGCCUUUGAGAUAUUUUAUGAAAAGUUUGCUGCUGAAUGCAUAAGUUGUGAUGAAGCCUUCAUCGACUGGGAAUUGUUAAUGGAUGAUUUAGGAUUUUUAGCUCAAUACUUGCAAUCUGCGGGUUAUUUGGAGUGCAGUUCACGUGCUUGGUUACUACUUUACAAAUCUGCUUUACUAGCGCGGGAUGAAUACACUGCUCUGAAAGGCUUGACGUUUAUAUGCGAAUAUUCGGACUUAAUUGACGAAAAGAAAUGUCUACCUAGUGGAAGUUUGGAAACUGAAAUUAAGCAGCAUUUUCCUUUUUUAAUAACGUCAUUGAAUAAUGUGAAUUCCAUAGCGAAACGCUAUCAAAGCACAGUUUUUUUGGCUAUCCUCCAAAUCGCCAACUAUUAUUAUGCUCGUUGUUCAAGGUGUGCCUACGGCCGAUUGUUGCUGCAGAUGGUAGAAGAGAAGCACAAUAGUUUAAUUGAUCGUCAAGGCAAGUAUGAUUUGAUUAAAGGCAGUCUAGAUGCUAUACAGAUACGUUGGUUGUGCAAGCAUAAUAAUCGAGAUCAGUCUGCAAAUUUGUUAAUGAAUGAAUGUUUGUUGCGCAAAAUUGAUGAAACUGUCGACAAGUUUCAUGACUUUGUCUACAUCAGCUCCGGUGAUUCUCUGUCAUACGCGAUUCUAUUGACAAAUUUGACUUUGGAAAUGGCAGAAUAUGCAGCCAAUCGCUUGUGUGAUAACUUUCUAAAUGCCUUUUUCGUGGCAAUCUUAAGUAUAGCGUUACAAUCGAGAUUGGCUUUGCGUUUUGUACAUAUCUUGUGCCUGUGGAUGUGGAUAAAUUUACAACAAGAGCACGUUGAAAAGGCCCAGAUAAAAGUAAAAGUGAUGGAAUAUGUUAUGGGCUUAAAGGAUCAUAAAGAGCUUUCCCAAGAAGUUGUAACUAAGGACAUACUGUUAAAUAUUUCUAAAGAAAUAGCACCUGCCCCUAACGCAUCUAUGGAAUCCAUGAGGAAAUUAGUACUAACGCAACUUUCACCGCUAAGAAUGGGUCAAUUGCAACUAAAUCUUUCGACAAGAGCAGCUAGCCUAGCGGCUUUUUUCAACAAUAACACCUGUGAGUCAUUGCUGCCUGUUAGUGAUGUGGUGGAAUGGUCAUUAUUUACCGUAGGUUGUUUAACAGCUCGUCUACACUUCAUUUGCGAAGCCUAUGAACAAUUGGAUAAGUUCUAUGAGCAAAGUUACGACUGGUUGCAAAAACGUCAGAGUUAUUUUAACAAAGAGUAUUUCAAAAACAUUCAACUAUUAGCGGGUCAACACCAUAUUAACUACUUACGUUCGCAGCAUCACUACGAGGAAGCAAUAAGAAAUUUAAAAGACAUUAUAGAGGAUAGUAAAAAGUGCAAAUCGAAAAUUGAUUUGGUGUACAGCAUAAAUUUUGAACUGCAGUUGCAAUCGGCAGAGCAAGAAGCUCAAGUGCAUGCAACAAAGCAAUUGAAUAUGGGAUUUGGUGGGUCACCCGAGGAAAAAGGGAACCAUCUUCGUAAAAUUAUGCGUGAAAAAGCUUUGCAAGAAAUGGUUCGAUCAACCAGGAAAUGUUGCGAUGUAUUUAAAACUGAGAAAAGUUUAGCAUAUAAAAGCGAGAGUAGUGGCAGUACUUCCAGUAUAGAAAGCAAAGAUAAAGUCGAAUUAAUAUAUUUAAGUGACUCUGUAACGCCGUCAACAAUAAACAAAAAACAAGGGGGAUAUUCGAUAAUAUCAAAAAGAGCAAAAUCCGAGGAACGAUCCGAUCUUGAAUUGCAUACGCCUAAUGUUACAAAUGGCAACUGCAAAAGACAGUUGCCAAAAACUGCUUCCAAGAUAUUAGUUUCUUCGACUGACAGCUGCGUCAACAAUAUACUAAGCCACACCAAAGAAAAUCUUAACAAGGUAGAAGCUGAAGUGUUGGUUAAAAAGCGUGGUCGAAAGCAACAGAUUGUCAAACAGCCCAGCGCACCUGUUAUCAUUUUGGAAGACUCCGAUAUUAUUACACCAUCAGAAAAAGUCAGUAAAUCCAGACUGUUCUUAGAAAGCAGCAAACCUUCAAUCAGCGAGGUAAAUACAGUAAGAAGCCACCGGCCUACUACGCGACUUUAUCGGCAACGGAAAUUAUUAGAAGAAAAUAAUGGCAAACUUGAACAAUGUAUGCAGAAUAACCUUAAUACGCCAUUAAGCUGCAUUCGAAAGAGCGGGUUUCUAUGGUACGCGAUACAGUUAGGGCUGCGUCGCGCAACCGACAGACUCACUAAGCAACUAAUAGCGGACCAUAAAAUAAUAAUUGAAGUAGACAGAAAUUCGGAGGACUCAUUAGGCUUAGCAAUAGACCACGAACAGGCGACUACUAAUGUUAAUGUGCGAAGCCCCGCCAAUUUAGUUAUUGUAGAUAGGUCUAGUAUAAAUUGCAGCAACUACGAAGACAAGUACGAAGACGAUGAGCCAUCAACCGCGGGCCAGGCAACAGCGCGGAGAUUGAGGAAAUGGCGCCAUGCAGACGACCCAGUGAUCCAGAAGGCAGCAGCGGAAACAUUCACAAAACGGCGUCAUCUCAACGAACCGAUCAACGAACCAAUCAACGAACCUAUCAACGGAUCAAUCAACGGACCGAUCAACGAACCAAUGCCGGAUGUCGAGGAGCUACGGGAGACCGUACAAAAUUGA